GUGAAACUCUAAAACCCGGUUUAAUUUUGGGGGGAACGCUUAACCGAUUUAUACCUGUUUUGCCUAUAAAUACUCAAUUUCGUGAUGAUGGAACUUUCACUGCUCAAUCUACCUGAUCACAUCAAACGUACUACUACGCAGCCAUGAGAGGCCCUAGACCCGAAGAUUUCGACUCCAGCGCUAGCCACCCGACGCCCACGUUUCCCGCCGGCGGUAGCCGGAAGAAAGGCAUGGGCGUGAGGACGUGGCUGGUGCUCUGCUCGUCGGGGAAAGAGCAGGCGACGGAAGCCGGGAAACACACCAUCAUGCGUCGGACGGGCUUACCGGCGCGCGAUCUCCGGAUCCUCGAUCCUCUGCUGUCGUAUCCGUCUACCGUUCUAGGCCGCGAGAGAGCGAUCGUCAUCAAUCUGGAGCAUAUCAAGGCGAUCAUCACGGCUCAGGAGGUUUUGAUUCUGAAUUCGAAGGAUCCUUCGGUGGUGCCGUUUAUUGAGGAGCUGCAGAGGAGGAUUAGGUGUCACCAUCACGCCACUAAACCUCAGGAGGGAGAGAACACUGAGGGAGCUGCACAGGGAGAAGCUGGAACGUCACAGUUGUCUAGGGAUCAAGGGGAGGAAGCUAAGAAGGAUAAGAUGCAAAGUCUUGGGAAUCAAGAUGGAUCCAAGGUUCUUCCUUUUGAGUUUGUUGCUCUUGAAGCUUGUCUUGAGGCUGCGUCCACCAGUUUGGAAAGUGAGGCCGUGAGAUUGGAGUUGGAGGCCCAUCCAGCUAUGGAUAAGCUUACUAUCAAGAUCAGUACCCUCAACUUGGAGCGUGUUCGACAGAUUAAAAGCAGGCUGGUUGCAAUCACUGGGCGUGUUCAGAAGGUUAGGGACGCACUAGAACAUCUCCUAGACGAUGAUGAAGACAUGGCUGAGAUGUAUCUUACUGAUAAGUUAGCUCUUCCUGAAGGAGACGAGGAUGACAGGUUUCGUGCCGAAGUUUCUCCUGAAAGCUGCCAUCGAGGAAGUGACGCUCACAACCUUCUAAUGAGAGCUCAUAGCGCACUUAGCAGAAACAGCCGUGGGACGAGCUCAAGCCAGAGUGGUAUGACCAACAAACUCAAUGUGCAAGAGCUUGAAAUGCUUUUGGAAGCAUAUUUCGUGCAGAUCGAUGGUACACUGAACAAACUAUCAACACUAAGGGAAUACGUGGAUGACACGGAGGACUACAUCAACAUAAUGCUAGAUGGCAAACAGAAUAAUCUUCUGCAGAUGGGUGUACAGCUAACAACGGCAACUCUGGUGAUGAGUCUCUUUAUAGCUGUUGCAGGAGUGUUCGGGAUGAACAUAACCAUAGAGCUGUUCAACGAUAAUGUAGCUGGUCCGGGGAGAUUCAUGUGGACAGUGAUUGGAGGUACGGCAGGAAGUUUAUUCCUCUAUUUUGGUGCCAUCGGAUGGUAUAAGCAGAAGCGUUUGCUUGAAUGAGUCAACCAAAACAUAGUGGGAUAAUAAUGUCUCUUGCCAAAACUUAGGAGAGUCCUUUUUUUUUUUUAGUUUUUCUUUUCUUAUUUAUUGUUCUAGAGGAUCUUACACUUGAAAACCUUUUAGUCUCACUAUUUUCACAAUAAAGCCAGAGCAAAUUGGAAAUUA